AUGAUAAAAAAAUAUGGGUUGGAGGAAAAUGAAUGGGUUUUAAAUGAAUAUGAAAAGAGGAAAAGUUGGGCAAGCGCUUACUUGAGGGAUAAAUUCUGUUCUGGAUUUAGAACAACAUCAAGGUGUGAGGCGAUAAACAACUUCAUCAAGAGGUUUAUUUGCAUUCGCCAAAGUCUUGUAGAGUUGGUCCAAAAUCUUGAACAUGCUCUUAGGGACAAUAGAAACAAUGAAUUAGUUUCUCAAUUUAAGACGCUGUAUGGGGAGCCCGUUCUAACUACUGGGCUAGAAGCAUUGGAGCUUUCUGUUGCCAAUUUUUACACAAGGGAGAUUCUCGGAGAAGUAAAAAAGGAGAUUCAAGGAGUGGUCGCAUUAGAUGUAAUAAAUGCGGAAAACAUAUCAACCACUGUUGUGUUAAAAGUUAAGGAGUGUGAUAGGAGGCAACAUAUUUAUAACGUACUUUAUGAUCGCAAUACUGAAUGGUCGAAGGAUGCCAAAAAGUAUCUGGAUGAAAGUUCUGCUGGAGGCACUACGCAAGACAGAGAAGGAGAAUUUUUAAUGGACUACGGCGCAUUGUUAGUGGCGGCUACGUGGAUGGUAUUCUUAGGAGCUCAAGAUGGUCCUUCUUUCCAUGACACUAUGAAUGAAGUCUGUCGUUGGACCCAAACACUAGAACAAAAAUCUGGCUUGAAAAGACAAACAAGAGAUUCUCCCACGCCAAACUUUGUUGGUGACCCUUCGGUGGUCAAGACAAAAGGAGCACCUAAGGGGAAAAAGAAGAGGGGUAAACGGAGGUGCACUAAAUGCAAUAAUGAUGGCCAUGUAAAGAAUAAAUGUCCUGUGAGGAAUGAUGGUGACGAUUUGGGGGAUAAGACUGGUAGCGGUGCGCAAGCUAGCUUUGGUACCGAGGAGGAGCUUCUCAAGGACCCUAUGACUUCUCAAGAGACAUUAGCAGUGCCAAAUAUAGAAGUAAAUGCACCUGUGCAGCAAGAGUUUGGGCUAGGUGAUCCAGGAUUGAUUAAUGGCCAUGAGACUCCCAUCCCAACGUAUGAAAGUCAUCAGUGGCUAUUACAGAUUGUACAACUAGGACAUUAUUCGAAGUUCAAUGGGAUGCAAUAA